AUACAUCAGUAUGUCUUUAGUAGAGGCAGAGAGGGGAGAGACGGAAUAUUAGUAUUCAGAGCACAGGGAGGAAAAGAAGGAGAGGCAGCGAGUGAGCAAACGAGGGAGAGUGAGAGGGAGGGGACAGGAGGAAAAAAAACACAAGGAGGGGAUGGAAAUAUAAGAGAAGAACCGGGGAAACCGAGAGGUAAAAGAGGGGAGGGGAGACAGGGAUCAUAUUGUCCAUUUCUCCCUCUCAGUCUGCCUUCAGCGGUUCCUGCUCGGACAGAUGGGUGGAUGUGUGGAGGAGAGGUGCGGAAUGCCCCUUUACGAGCGUCGCAUCUGAGGAGAGAGAGCGGCGGAAGAGCAGGAGCCCGGCGGUCCCUGCGACGCAGAAAGGCGCUGUUGGGGGGCUUUCACACGGACCUUCAGAAGCCAGCCUCCUGACCACAUAGAUUGGUGGAAGAGAGCAGCUACGGCGAUGCAUGCCAGCAGGUCCUGCUGGAGCUAAAUAAGUCAGCUCCAUUCACACCUUGCAGUGAAGAACGAGGGUUAUGCAUUCACACGAGAGAUAAGUCCAUGUUCCUCUGUCAGAUCUAUUCACAGAGAAACUUUUACACGCAGUGUCUCUUACCUGCUUCUGAAAUUCAGCAUGGCCGACACCAACAUCAAGAGCUGAGUCCAGAAAAGGGGCACCCCAGCCUGGUCUCUGUGAUCAAGACCAGGACACCCCGCUGAGUCCCUCGUGUUCUUCCUGCGUCGUCUUUCCCAGCUGACGCCUUGCAGAAAGGUGGACGGGCCAGCACCGUUCUUCUGCAGGGGGCCGUCCGAUAGGUGAGGGCGCUGAGGGCUGCGCUGCCAUCGGCUGACUGCUGCGGUGGGAGUGCGAUGCGGAUUGGAGCAUGUCGGGGGACUGGGAUGAAGACCUGUGUAAGAAGGCGCUGAUUUUGGUGGAGGAGCUGUGCUUCAACUCCGAGAGGGAUAACAGCGAGAACGAGCAGUGCCAGGAGUUCAUCUACCUGAUGAGGGGCCACAACAGACAGCCGGAUGCAGAAAUCUCUGUCAGCCUGCUGUCGGUCAUCGUGACGUUCUGCGGUAUCGUUCUCCUCUCUGUCUCCCUCUUCGUCUCCUGGAAGCUGUGCUGGCUGCCAUGGCGGGACAAGGAGGGCGGCGGGCUGAGCCUGACGUCGGGGCUGCUGCCCGGAACCGCCGGGCUGGGAGGGGCCCAGGGCCCGUCCCUUUUACCCCCGCUGCUGCAGAGGAAGGAGGGCCAGUCGUCAUCCUCGCUUUACCCCUCGCUGGGGCAGCAGGGACACCCCCACUUCUCUGACAUGGUGGGGCUGGAGAGGGGGGAGGGCGGAGGGGUGGUUGGGGGGGAGACCCAGGAGCACUCCUACCUGGACAUGGACUCCUACCCCAACAACGCUGGGACUCUGAAGCUGAGUCAGACGUCGCCGGAUGUCCCCAACUCAGAGGGAGGAGCCCAUCCCAAUAAAGAGCUGCCCAACGCCCAUUCCCAGCAGCAGGUCACCCCACGACCCAAGCCCAUGACUCACCAGCUCUCCAGCCCUGACUUCCACGGUGAGGAGAAGGAGCAGGUUACCUGCAUCGGGCAGAUCAAGCCGGAGCUCUACAGACCCAAAGGCGAUCUGGGCGAAGGCAAACAGGGCGACAACUGUGGCAGGAUCUGCUUCCUGCUGCGCUACGCCUUCAACACGGAGCAGCUGGUGGUUAAGAUACUGAAAGCUCUGGACCUGCCAGCGAAGGACGCCAACGGGUUCUCCGACCCGUACGUGAAGAUUUACCUACUGCCAGACAGGAAGAAGAAAUUCCAGACAAAGGUCCACAGAAAGACCUUAAACCCAGUGUUCAACGAGACGUUCCAGUUCGGCGUGCCGCUGAACGAGCUACAUUCCAGGAAGCUGCAUUUCUCUGUGUACGACUUCGACCGCUUCUCCAGACACGACCUGAUCGGCCAGGUGGUGGUGGACAACCUGCUGGACUUCAGCGAGGGCAGCGGGGACAAACCCAUCUGGAGGGACAUCGUGGAGGGCACCGCGGAGAAGGCUGAUCUCGGGGAGCUUAAUUUCUCGCUGUGCUACCUGCCCACCGCAGGCAGACUCACCGCCACAGUCAUCAAGGCCACCAACCUCAAAGCCAUGGACCUGACGGGUUUCUCAGACCCGUACGUGAAGGCCUCCCUGAUAUGUGACGGGCGGCGGCUAAAAAAGAGGAAGACCUCCAUCAAGAAGAACACGCUGAAUCCCACGUACAACGAGGCGCUGGUGUUUGACAUCCCCAACGAGAACAUAGAGAGCGUUUCCAUCAUCAUCGCAGUGAUGGAUUAUGAUUGCAUCGGUCAUAACGAGGUUAUAGGCAUGUGUCGAGUGGGAAGCGAUGCUGACGGUCCCGGGAGGGAACACUGGGCGGCCAUGCUGGCAAACCCCCGCAAACCAAUAGAGCACUGGCAUCAGCUGGUCGAGGAAAAAGCGAUCGGUACAUUCGUAUCAAAGAGUGCCACAACAUCCUCCCCUAAGCCGCAUAUUGUGGUGGACAGCCCCCACUCUGAUUAAAACGGUCAUUAUCAUCUCUACAGCUCCAGAUUUUCCUGUUUUUAUUUCCUCUCCUCUCAUCUGUGAAUAAUUCUCUCCAUCAAAGACAAGAGAGACGCGGAGACGCUGCCAGUGUCCGACUGCUAGUGCCGUUUUGCCUCUGCUAAUGAAUAGUCCAACUUCUGUGCUGUCUUUGCUGAGCUGAAGGGGGGGGGGGGGGACCUCAUCCAUCCUGAGCUGCGGUGUGAACAUCAGACUACACAUUGCAAACACAUGCAGACAAUAACGCCAGGGACUGAUGUCAGGUGUAAAUUUCAGACUUAGCAAGUAGGGCACACACCUUCCUCUCUCUCUUUCACACACACACACACACACACACACACACACACACGCAUACACAGAGUUUGUAGUAUGUGUGUAGUUCAUGUGCUCUUCAGAUAUGUGUAGUAGUUCACUCUAGAGCGUUUCUCUCUUGAAAAAAAAACCAACAAAAAAAGAAAGCCAUCAUAGAGUGGUCGUUUGAGCCAGGACCAAAGCUUCGUGCACUUGUACAGACUAUCAAGAGAAAACCUCUGCGUCAAAGGGUUGUGCAGUAAGAGCUGCACUGGGCAGGGAGAAGAUAUGUCUCCUGUAAGCGGGGGGGUGGUGGGGGUGGGUCUCCUGGCCAGACCCGGGUGCCUCUGCCCGGAGGGAAGACGUCGCAGCGUCCGUCGGGUCAUUACUGAUGUCAGACGAGUGAAAACCGAGGACGGACUCAUUGGUCUCAGCAUGUUACGCAACCUUGAAACGUGUCCCUCUUCUUCAUGCUCUUCAUCUCAGUCCUAAUGGGACUCAUUAGUAAUUUUUUUAAAUCAUCUUUGGCUGUCAGCUGUGUGAUGGAGGAGGCAUCCAUCCGUCAGGAGGGGAGUUUAUCCGUGGCGUUUUUACAGAUGGAUUACAGACUACUUGGCCGUUCCCGGUUCUCCCACCAAACCACCAGACUUUCACAGGUUUACACAAUCCUGCGUUUGGGAUUGGACUGUUUGGAGCGUGCUCUCUGGAGGAUGUAUCACCACUCGAGUUAUUUUUCUAUCAUUCCAGGACUUAAUGUUUUGCUUUCUCAAUCAAAAAAAAAAAAAAAAAGAGAGAAAAGAACAGAAAAUGUAAUUGUCACGCUUCAACGGAUCAAAUUGUUGUCCAUAUCAUGUCUGUGACAGGACUUUAGAAGGACACACUUCUGUGUUGCUUUUACCAGUGAGUGUUUCAGUGUUUGUGGGCGUGUUUGUUUUGUACUCGUGUGCGUCUGUGUGUGUAUGUUUGACACGUAUCUGUGCUCACCGUCGUCCCCACGCCCCAUCCUUUUUUCUUUCCUCUCCCGUUGAAUCCAGGCAUCUGCACUGAAAAGUUUGCUCCGGAGCCAAACUUUGUCUCGUUCUGUGUCUCUAAAGGGGGUAAAUUAAUGUGUGCGAGUGUGUGUGUGUGAGAGACAGAGGGUGUGAGUGUGUGUGUUCUACUCGUGCCUCAUUGCACUAUAGGUGGGGAAGCACCGUCUUUGAUAGACGCUAGUUUUUAUUGUCUAUGUUGUCUCUGAAAACUGCUGCCAGUCACCAGUCAGCCCUCCUCUCCUCUCCAACCCUUUUGCCUGAUGUAAGUAAUCGUGUGUUAAUCGUGUAUUUCUUUCACUAAUUCCUGUGCUCUAUGUCGGAGGGAAAAAUCAGAUGGGAUUGAAAGUGGUGAAGUGCUGGUGUAUUUUGCUUAUAAUUAUUCAAAGGCAUUUAUGGGCCAUUGACCAGAUGUAUGGAAGCCCAUUUAUGCCAAUAUUAAGGGAAGGAAAAUGGGGAAUUAGCAUCCCAUAAUGUUCUGUAUAACAGUCAUAGUAAAGGGACCAUUUUGACUUUUAAAUCAGAUUUAUGAUUAUAUAGUCAAAAAGUCAAAGUUUUGAGUUUGAAAGUCAUGAUGAUAUAAAAUAAAAAUUCUACCCUAAUCACAAAACAAAAUCCCAACUUUUUUUGUGCAGUUCAAAUCAUAGUUAUGAAAAUAAAUUCAAAUUAUAAAUAUCAGGUAAAACGUCAUAAUUAGAAAACUGAAAGUCAUUAUUAUGAGAUGAAGUCAUGGAUUUUAGUUGAAAAAACCAUUAGGUAAAAUGUCCUAAUUAUGAGACAAAAUUAUAGAUGCAAUAAUUAUGAGAAUCAAAGUAAUAUUUUUGAGUAUAACAAUUUUUGCGUAAUUAUAAUUAAAAAUUCUGAGUGAACAAACUAUGAGUUUGUUCACUAAAAAGAAGACAAACAGGUACAGUUUUUAAGAGUCAUAUGUUUUGCUCUGAAAAUCCUGAUAGUAUAAAACGUAAAUAACAUUAAAAAGACUAGUUAACAAGUCACAAAUAUGGCACUUAAAUUCACAAGUUUUAAUUUUGAGUUUGAAUGGAAUAAUGAGUUAAAAAGUGAAUUUUGAAAAAGAUAAGAAUGAUCAGCAUUCUUUUAAUCAUCAUCUGAUGGCUAAAUUCCUUUUUUUAUUAAACAUUUUUAUAACAAAUCAAAAUCAAACAAAUGACAGAUUCUGAAUAUUUUAAAGGAUCAAAAAUGUGUUUAGAAUCAGCCCAGAAUGAACACUUCCAAUAAAGAUUUCAAAAAGAACCAACAACAGCUGACAGCCAGUUAUAUUAAGAAAACAGGGUUCAUUAUUAAAGGAACUGUCCCAGGUCCUGAACAAAUUCCAACCGUGAGUAAAGAGCUUAGUUUGAACUGUAAGCCCCGGCCACAACUAUGUCUCCCCACCUUCUGGUUAUACUGCAGGUUUCUUCCUGUUAAAGGGGAGUUUUCCUUUCCACCGUCACCACAUGCAUGCUUGGUAUGAGGGAUUGCAGCAAAGCUAACAACACAAUGCAGACGACUGUCCGCCGUGGCUUCACACUCGUCCAGGACGGAGUGAAUGCUGCAAUCUGCUGGGUUUCCUUGUAGAAAACGUUUAACCAACCUGUCUGGAGGAUUUUAUACAUCUGACUUUGUAAAAGGUCCUGAUAUGACGUGCUGUCAAAUGGUGCUUUAUAAAUAGGCUGAAUUGAAUUUAAUAAUUAAAGAUCCGGUUCAUUGGGUCUUAAAUUGAGGCUUUUUGGAUGCCAAAUCUGUUUAAAAGCGAGGCCCAUAGCCUCAGGAAAAUCCUCUGUUUUUGUCUUGUUUUUGGAGGUCAUCACAGGUCUGGUGCCUCUCUUCAUAUAAAACAAAACCGGAUAGUGACAAGGAGCAGGGUGGUGGAAACUAACGCUAACAGUGAGCGCUAGAGAAUAAAAGUUCCAGAGAAUUCAUUUGAAAUGACCUGAAAAAUGAGGGCAAGGUGGAACCUGAGGCGUGUGUGCUGAGUAUCAGCUGCUUGGUGUGUGACCUUGAUGCUGAAAAGCUUCAGCAACAGCAAAUUAGCUUCAAGAGCUUGAAAAUCAAGCUGGAAGUAGUAUUUUAGAAAUGCAAUGGGGCGUUAGUGUUUCUUCCUUUCAAGUGGCAGAUAUGGGCUUCCAUACGAUUUUAGACCCCCCCCCCCCCC